AUGGUAACUCUCUUUCUCGCUCUCAAUGUCUAUAUAGUGUUUCUGCAACUUGUUCCAGUUGACAGUGAGAAAAAUGGUGAAUCCCCUGAAAAUAUAGCUGACGUUGCAUUGCUCAAAAGGGUGCUUGGGUUAAUAGAUGCUAACUUUUUCAGUGAUGAGAAGUUGGUAGAGCUUGUGAAGGGGGCGAAGAAGUUUAAUAUCCCUACAAUCAGAGCCAACAGAAAGCUUGUUGCUUCUGUUAAUGGAGGGUUGAAUGACCCGUCUUGUUUGGUCUUUGUUCCGGAUUGGGGCAUUGAAAAAGCACAACACUCAAGCAGAAGGUUUAAAUGUCCUUCUCUCACUGGGGUUCAGAGACCACAGAGUGACGAUGACAUUGCAUUCAUGAGUGUAAUUCUUGAAUUGGGGGAGCUUAUAAGGACAAAGCAAAUUACAUCACAGGAGCUUACUCAACUUGAUACAUUGCGGAAACAUAGGUACAAUCCUACACUGAAGAGAUAUAUAAUAGCUUACCAGAAAGCAAAAGAGGCUGAUCAAUUGCUAACCCGAGGGGUGUAUUUGGGUCCUCUCCAUGGAAUACCUUAUGGACUAAAAGAUAUAAUUUCAGUUCCCCACUACAAAACAACAUGGGGUUCAACUUAUAAAGAACAAGUUCUUGAUGUGGAGACCUGGAUUUACAAGAGGCUGAAAUCAGCAGGAGCAGUUCUCAUGCCCGAGACGAGAUGUUCAAUAGACAUUUCGGUUGUUCACGUCCUUGCAUCAAAAGGUGUUAAUAUGGUCCCUUUUAAACUUGAGUAUGAGGUUCUUGGUAUAGCUAGUUUCACAAUGGACGUGGAUACAUUAGCUCAUGAUAACUGGCAGCGGUCAGGGAAGAACGAUGACUUUGAGUCGCAAGAUCAAUGGCCUCCGGAGCUGCGUUGUGCACGAAUUUUUCCAGCAGUGGACUAUGUACAGGCUCAUAGAGCGAGGGGGAAGUUUAUUCGUGAAGUAAAAGAGAGCUUCACUGUUGAUGCAUUCAUUGGCGAUGUUCAUUGGGAGAGAGUUUGUAAGGGAAACCUGGUAGGGAUGCCCGUGAUUGUUGUUCCAUCCGGGUUCCCCCCGGUAUCUGAUCCACCUUGCAACGAUUAUCGUCGAAGGGCCACAAACACCACUAAAAUUUAUGCUCCUCCUCAUCAUGAUCAUUUUGCUCUGGCAUUGGCAAUGGCGUACCAGGCGGCUACUGAUCACCACAAGCAGAGACCUUCCAUUGAUGAUCUUGGACCGAAUGAGACGGUCCAAAAGCGACCGGGAGUUGAUUGA